AUGUCCAACGCACCAGGGGCGAGCACAGCCGAAUUCGGCCAGCCACUCCGAAAGUUCAAGCUGGUGUUUCUCGGCGAGCAGUCGGUAGGCAAGACAUCGCUCAUCACACGAUUCAUGUACGAUACGUUCGACAACACAUAUCAAGCGACCAUCGGCAUCGACUUUCUCUCGAAAACCAUGUACCUCGAAGACAGGACGGUUCGUCUGCAGCUAUGGGAUACCGCAGGACAGGAACGUUUCCGCUCUUUGAUUCCAUCGUACAUCCGCGACUCGUCCGUGGCUGUGGUCGUCUAUGACAUUACGAACCGAGCAUCAUUCCAAAACACAGCGAAAUGGGUUGACGAUGUCCGAGCAGAGCGCGGCAACGACGUCAUCAUUGUUUUGGUGGGCAACAAGACGGAUUUGAGCGACAAGAGACAAGUGACCACGGAAGAAGCAGAGAAAAAGGCGCAAGAGUUCAACGUCAUGUUCAUCGAGACGUCGGCCAAGGCAGGCCAUAAUGUCAAAGUGCUCUUCAAGAAGAUCGCACAGGCACUUCCCGGAAUGGACAAGGAUGCAGAUGCUGCGAAUGGUGGCACUGCCGCCAACAAGAAUAUCGACGUGACAGCUGCACCAGCGCAAACGACCAUGGAAGAUGGAUCGUCGUGCAAGUGCUAG